CUUUGCACUGCGUACUUUGCCGUCGGCAUGGCCUAAUCUGGGCGAUCUGCUCUGUCAUUUUGCUCUCUUUCGCUGCGUUCUUGCACUGCCCAAUUCUUUGUUGUUCGUAACCAUACUACGAUAUGCGCCGUCGCUGAUUCCUCUUUCUGGACGGUACCGCAAUUUUACUACCUGCCUGAUACCUUUCUGUUUUGCCCGUCCGCCGAUAUUCCACCACCCUCUGUAACCAAAAUUUCUUCUGUCGCUGACCUCACUACCGCCCUGUGCAUUCUAAUCUGUCUGACCUAACGAGAUGCGAGAUAUCACCUCUAUAAAACCUGGGCCUCCGUCCCGCUGUUUCUGCUGUUUUGUUUCUGGUCUCAUCCUUCCUCUUUCGUCUCAUUGCUCCCACGUCUUCUAUCACGCCUAUGACCGCCAAGAUGACUGUUUCUGACGAGCCGACUGAGUUGCAAACAUUGCCCUCGACCGACCUCGAGGCGGCUGAUCCUGCUGCUGCUGCUGGAGCGCACUCAUCUACAGGCCGAAACAGAAAACUUCAAGUCUGUUGGAUGGCAUUCCAGAGCUUGGGUGCCAUCUACGGAGAUAUUGGAACGAGUCCUCUAUACGUCUACUCCAGUAUCUUCCCCCACUCCGAGCCCACCGAGCGCCAAUCUAUGGGCGCAGCCUCCUGCAUCUUCUGGACCUUCACCAUCGUCGUCAUGGUCAAGUACUGCCUCAUCGUCCUCUUACUUGGACCCAACAACGGCGAGGGUGGACAGGUAGCUAUCUACGCCAAGCUUGCGCGCACACUGCAUGUCGGACCCCGUGGAGUGGUGCUCCCGGGCGAGAUGGAGCCGGAUAUGUAUCUCGAGCUCAGCAAGAGUCUCACGCGAGACUCGCAGAUGAGCAGGCUCCGCUUGCGCAUGACCGGAUGGUUUCACGAGGUUGUGUUUCCUAAGCUUCUACUUAUGUUGUGCUUUAUUGGAUGCAGUUUGGUGAUCUCGGAUGGUCUUUUGACGCCUACCACUUCAGUGCUCACUGCAGUCGGCGGUAUCGAAAUCCCCGUCCCCUCAAUCAGCAAUCUCGUGAUGCCAAUCUCCGUGAUCAUCCUCCUCCUUCUCUUUCUAUCCGAAAGUUCGGGCGCCGGCCGCCUGUCAAUCAUCUUCGCUCCCAUCGUCUUAAUCUGGUUCGUCGCUAUCGCGGUCACGGGUAUCAUCAACAUCGCCAAGUAUCCCUCGGUCAUGAAAGCUCUCAGCCCGAAAUUUGCUAUCGAUUUCUUGCGCGAUGACGGCGGUAUUGAUUUGCUUGGUGCGGUCAUGCUCUCUGUUACCGGAGUCGAGGCCAUGUUUGCGGACGUUGGUCACUUCGGAAGAGAAUCCGUACAGCUCUCGCUCUCGUGCAUUGUAUGGCCUUGUCUGAUGCUCCAAUACUUUGGCCAGGCCGCGUUCAUCAUCCGCGAUCCGUCUGCGACCGCAAACUCGUUCUAUCUCUCGAUCCCGGGCGGCACCAACACUCCGCAGUACUGGAUCAUGUUUGUGCUCGCCACGCUUGCGACCGUGAUUGCCUCGCAAGCCCUCAUCUUGGGUGUGUUUAGCAUUCUGCGGCAGAUGAUCCAUAUCGACUGCUUCCCUCCGUUCAAGGUCAUCCACACCUCGAGGACCACCGCUGGACAAGUCUACAUCCCUGCAGUCAACUACAUACUAAUGGUCGGCGUCAUCCUCACCACUGUCGGAUUCCGAACAAGCAACAAUGUGACAGCAGCUUACGGUCUUGGUGUUUCGCUUGACUUCAUCGUGACCACGACGCUCAUCACGUUCUGCAUGAUCUACGUCUUCCGUUUCCCGUUCUACAUCACAGCCGCGUUCUGCCUCGCUUUCGGUGCGUUCGAUAUGUGCUUCGUGAUUGCAAACAUCAAGAAGAUCCCUCACGGUGCAUGGUUCCCGCUCGCGGUAGCAAUCCUCUUCACGUGCUUCAUCUCCUUUUGGCGGUGGGCGCGCGCGCUCAAGGUCGAUAACGAGUAUAGCCGGCGGAUACGAGUCGGCGAGGUGUUUGAAGGCAUCGAUCCCGUCAGACAGGAAAGACAGGAGCUCAUUGUCUCCUCUGCCUCAUCGACAAAGGGCGCUGGCAGCGUUCGGCCGCUUAACCAUAUCCCUAACCGGGAUGACAACACGAUCGGCCUACGCGAUGCUGUGUACUUUGUCCCCACACACAGGUUAGCGGAGGACUUACCUGUCUUCGAGGAGGACGACGCCGCAGACUCUCUCCAGCAAUCCAAGCCGCUGCGUCUUAUACCGCGCGGCAGCAAACCAGGCAACACCAACCCGCCAAUCGAUUUAGGCAUGAUGCCCAACACCGCCGCGAUAGUGCACACCAACGCAACCCACACACUCCACUCGCCGCACACGAUCCCCGCCAUCAUGGUCCAGCUACUGAACCUCUGCCCCGCGCUUCCAGAGCACGUCAUCUUCCUCGGCGUGCGGAUCGUCGACGCGCCAUUCGUCGACGCAGAGGCAGGACGCAUCGCGCUCAGACCGUAUCGCAAGAUCCCAAGAUUCCACCGCUGCAUCGUGCGUUUCGGAUUCAUGGACCACGUCGCGAUCGACGACGCGCUCAUCGCGCAGAUCAUCGCAAAGCUUCCCUCGUCGUCGUCCUCAGCCGAUGCCUCUUCGCCAGCGAAAAGUGCAGUGACAACGGUGUACCAUGUGAUUGAAAACGAGGACGUCUGCGCUAAGCGUCCAUCGUCCUCCACCUCGUCGUUUCCUAUCGCGCUCCUCCGCCGUGCGUGGAUGGCGACGAGAGCGGGUGCUAUCGAAUGGGUGUUUAGUCCGAUAGACCGUGUGCUGGGACAUCGAAAUUAUGUCCGCAUCGAUGAUGAUGACGACGAGUCUGGUCGCGAGAAGGUGCCGAAGAUGAAUCUGAUGUAUCUUGGAAGUAAGAUCUAUAUCUAGUGAAGAAUGAUUUUUUUAUAUAUGUAUAUGAUUAUUAUUAGAAGUAUUACUAAAAGUUGACUGCCAUGAUAUACACUAAACCAUGAAUGAAUACAUAUACAAAUACAC